GCGUCAGUGACACACCUGUCGAGUAUCUGCAGGUGAGGAGGUGAGCAGGAGCUCGAGCUACAAUAAAGGUGAACUACAAGAAUCUUGACUGAAGAUGGAGUUUAAGAAUAUAACGUCAUCUGCUGCGCUUAUUUAUGAUGAGUUUAUUCAAAAUGCAGACUCGAGGACAGGAAACUGGUUGCUUAUGUCGUCUCCUCUUCCCCAAACGAUAAUCAUCGCAGCGUACAUCUACUUUGUCACGUCGUUGGGGCCUCGAAUAAUGGAGAACCGCAAACCCUUCGACCUGAAAGGCGUCCUCAUCGUCUACAACUUCAGUGUGGUGGCUCUCUCGCUCUACAUGUGCUAUGAGUUUGUGAUGUCGGGAUGGGGAACAGGUUACUCAUUUCGCUGUGACCUGGUUGACUACUCUGAAUCACCACAGGCAAUGCGGAUGGCGGCAACGUGCUGGCUUUACUAUUUCUCAAAAUUCAUUGAGAUGUUGGACACAAUCUUCUUUGUGCUGAGAAAGAAGAACAGCCAGGUGACGUUCCUUCAUGUCUACCAUCACUCCAUCAUGCCCUUCACCUGGUGGUUUGGCGUCCGUUUUGCUGCAGGUGGACUGGGAACGUUUCACGCUCUUCUCAACUGUGUUGUCCACGUCAUCAUGUACUCCUACUACGGCCUGACCGCUAUGGGCCCCAGCUACCAGAAGUACCUGUGGUGGAAGAAAUACCUCACGACCAUUCAGCUGAUCCAGUUCGUUAUGGUGACCAGCCACAUCUCCCAGUAUUUCUUCAUCAAGGACUGCCCCUACCAGUUCCCCAUCUUCAUCUACAUCAUUGGCCUGUACGGCCUGAUUUUCCUGUUUCUCUUCCUCAACUUCUGGUAUCACGCCUACACAAAGGGCAAAAGGCUGCCCAAAGUGCUCCAGGCUCAGACUUGGGCACACCACACCAACGGAGUCAUGAACGGGAACGCAAGUCACGAAAAAGAUGAGUAACGCAGGACUCCGACUCGUGUUUGACUUUAUCGUGAGCUUGUCUUGUAGUCUGAAUUCCAGGCCUGCUUUAUGUGGACUGCAUUUCCGACUGCUGUUCUACCUGCAAUAGACAAUCUGUUCAAUAUGACCAAAGCUGUAUAUGUAACGUUUAUUGAAACAUGUGAAAGGAUUUUAUUGAGCUUUCUAAUUACGCUGAAGGUAAAGCCCAAGUUUUGCUAUGAAGACUUCCUAAUAUCUCAUUUUUCUGCUAAAAAAAAUAUAAUUCAGUGUCAGAAAAAAAUGAUUCCAGUGUUUUACAAAGGGCUUCAUCUGCAUAUAAGACUGUGAGGUCCCUUACCAAUCUCACACUGUGCAUCUCACGUCAAGAUUACUCGUCACAUUUUUGUCUUGGUCUUACUUCUCAUCAAACUUUUAGGAACUCCUGUUUAGGUUAUUUUAAAGGUAUGCACUGAAAAGUUGAGGUUUUUUUAUUUCACAAGAUCUAAACGGAUGCGGACGCUCAGGAGUUGAGGCUCCACAUGCCGCAUCCUUCAGGUUUCAUAGCAGAUUACUGGUUGCAUGCAUUUUCUUCCCCCCCCCCCCCCCCCCCCCCCCAAACCACACCCAGUUUGGAUUGCAUGACUUCUUCACUAUGGCUCGAGUCACCGCUGCUGAAGGUUCAAAUGUUGGGAUCAAUUUAUCCACUUGACUUGAUUUUCCUAUGAAGCAGUAUUGUGACAGAAGCCAGAGAGACGUCCUGCGGUUCUUGUAGGAUCCAGAGCAGAGCUUUAGCUACAGACAUGACUACUACCUUACUGACUCGUUUUGCAAUAUAACACUCGAUGAUGCCGUACAGAGUUUCAUCAACAGUUUAGUUUUCCAGUCAGAAAACCUCCACCAGCAUUUGAUUCAUGAGUUGACGCUGUGGUGAACGUUGCUGGAGUCGACGCCUGUGGAGUAGUUUGAUAUCUUGUUAUGAUGAACGUCAGGUGAAUAACACUCUGCUCCUCUGGUGACUGAGGACGCAGGAUCCAGCUUUGUGUGGAAGGACUUGGGCUUUUUUUUUAAUGUUCAAACCCACCAUGAUGCUAAAGGUUUACAGAGAUCCGAUUCAUACAAAUGUGAGUUGUUUUCAGUUUCUUGUCCCUUCCUAGACCAAUGGUUAAAAUGUAAGAAUUAUGUAACAUGUAGUGUUUAUAUUGUUUUUUUUAUGUAUUUAUACAAAAUAAAUGAUCAUUGUACUUUAAAA